GUACCAGUCUCUUGGUGUACACUCACCCAUUUGUCAAGAAUAUGGUGGUGAUGACUCAUCUGACCAUAUCACCUUUUUCCACAUCUCUAUAGACCAGUACCUAACACACCCUGGACUCCAGAAUGCGCAGAUCUAUCCAGUCGCCUCUCCACCAGCUUCGCCAAAUCUGUUCACUUUUGUGAACUUUUUGUGAAUAAUAUUGGACAGUAUUGGACAAUGAUAACAUAUGACUACAAGUCACUCAUCAGGACAGGGAAAUUUUCAACUCACUACUUUGGAGGCUCUCUCCUGCCGACUCUGCUACCUCGCCGGUCGAGGUUUUCCAAUGUAAACAUCGGAGUAAACAUCGAGGAAAAGGUGGAGAGGAUAAACACCAGCUGCUAUCCCGACCACAUAGACGAGCAAAACCAUCUCUACCUCUAUCUCUUACAUUGGAGGAAAUACCGAGGUGAUGAAGAGGAUGAUGAAGAAGAUGAACUUGAUGGGCCAACAGGGAAGAGAGCAGCUGAGGAUGAUGACGAUGAUGAAGAGGAUGAAUUUGAAACCAAGAAACAGAAGACAGAUAAGUAAAGUCUGCAGUGGCUGCUCUGUCUGGAGGACGACACCAUCAAGAGACAGACAGUUUUCUAGCAAACCUUCAACACCUCAGUCCUCCCUUCUUAACGAGAAUACUUUUAAAAAGAGAAUUUGUUUGUAUUUUUAUUUACAUUUUAUAUUUUUGUAUAUAUUGUAAAGAGGACGGCCAUUUUGCAACAGUAAUCUUUCUGGUUAUCAAGUGGUGCUUUGAAGACUUUUAGAUCCAGAGUCGUUAUUAUGAGCCGUCCACAUUCUGUAUGAACCAACCAGAUGCAUCCAGCCUAUCAUUCCAUUCACACUCACACCUCCAACAUACUGCAGCAUGUCCAACACAACACACACACACACACCCUGGCUUACUUUACUCCAACAUGGGAUUCAUGUAUCAGUUGGAAAAAGGUGUGUUGACCUGUAAUCACAUGGGAGUGUUACAGUAAUUCAGUACUUCUCAGGGUGCUGAGUGUGGAUUAGUAGUACUUUGUAUGACAUUCUAAGGCGGUAAUUUCUGCUGUCCAUCUGUCUCUAUCUGUCUGUUAUGGCCUAGUUUGAAUGUUUUUUAUGUUCUGUUCUGUAUGCUCUAUCUGUGCUAUUUUAUUGAACAAUAAACAGUCAUUUGAU